AAUGACGUGUAUGUAUCUGUCUGGUUGUCAGGUAAAGCAGUGAUGUGUAUGUAUCUGUCUGGUUGUCAUGGUAAAGCAGUGUUGUUAGUGAUGUGUAUGUAUGUGUCUGGUUGUCAGGUAAGGCUCUGACGUUCCUGCUGCUGCAGCCCCCCAGUCAGAAGCUCCCCCCCCACAGCACCAUCCGUCGGACAGCGAUUGAUCUGAUUGGCCGUGGCUUCACGGUGUGGGAGCCCUACAUGGACGUGUCGGCGGUGCUCAUGGGCCUGCUGGAGUUGUGUGCCGACGCUGAGAAGCAGCUGACCGGCAUCACAAUGGGGCUGCCCCUGAACCCUGCAGCCGACUCGGCCCGCUCGGCUCGCCACGCUCUCUCGCUCAUCGCCACGGCCCGCCCACCCGCCUUCAUCACCACCAUCGCCCGUGAGGUGCACAGACACACGGCGAUGCAGUCGCAGGGUUCGCAGUCCCAGCAGAACGUGCACACCACCACUCUGGCCCGAGCCAAGACUGAGAUCCUGCGCGUCAUCGAGAUCCUCAUCGAGAAGAUGCCCAGCGACGUGGUGGACCUGCUGGUGGAGGUGAUGGACAUCAUCAUGUACUGCAUCGAGGGCUCUCUUGUCAAGAAGAAGGGUCUGCAGGAGUGUUUCCCCGCUAUCUGCAAGUUCUACAUGGUGGGUUACUGCGACCGCAGUCACCGCAUCGCCGUGGGCGCGCGCCAGGGUUCCGUGGCGCUGUACGACGUCCGCACCGGCAAGUGCCAGAACAUCCACGGCCAUAAAGGACCCAUCACAGCCGUGUCCUUCGCUCCAGAUGGGCGCUACCUGGCCACCUAUUCCAACGCAGACAGCCAUAUCUCCUUCUGGCAGAUGAACACAUCUCUGCUGGGCAGCAUCGGCAUGCUGAACUCGGCGCCACAGCUGCGCUGCAUCAAGACGUACCAGGUGCCGCCGGUGCAGCCCGCCUCGCCGGGCUCCCAGAACGCCCUGAAGCUGGCGCGCCUCAUCUGGACCUCCAACCGCAACGUCAUCCUCAUGGCGCACGACGGCAAGGAGCACCGCUUCAUGGUCUGAGACGCCCCCCCCCCCGCGCCGUGCCACACCAUGCUGGGGUCCCCGAGGGUCACCUGGAGGUCGUCUCGACCGCCCAGACCACGCCCGAUCACCCACCCCUGACACCACCCUCCAAAAAAAAACCCACUCGCCCCCCAACCCCCAGCGGCCAUAUCCCGGCCAGCAGUGGGAGCACCGUGGCGCCGUUUACACUCGACCUUUAAGUUGUUUACAUUUGAAGUCCAUUCCCUGUUUCUGCUUUUUUUUUGUGCUUAUUUUUAAUUGUGUAAUUUGAUGGCUUUUAUUUAAAGUGAAGGACCCUUGAAGUAGAGGUGCUGUCGUGGGAAGAGUGUGUGCGCUACAGCGAGUGUGAGCUGGUGCUUGUGCACUGGUGUGUGAGCUGGGCCGUGGGAUAGGAGGGGGUAUUUAUUUUUCCUGUUUAACUUGCAUGAGUCGUCAUUGGACACACACACACACACACACCUUUCACUCGGGAGCUCUCUCCGCAGAGCGCGCCUGUAAUCCUGUUGAACGUUUACUGCACUGGAGGAAGAGCCUCUCUCCCAGAGAGAGUGAAGGAGGACCAGGACUGACCCAUCCAGAGCCCGGCCACACACUCCCUGCAGCUGGAGGAGGAAGAGGAAGAGGAAGAUACACUCAUGUUUAUCACCCAAAGGGUUUUAGUGGUUUAGGGUUUUAUCAUUAUCUGUGCUGUAUCAUGUGAAAUAUCUCACCAGGAAUGUUGUAGCUGCUGUUGUUGUUGUUCUGUAUCAUUUGUUUGAUUACCUACUUGUCUGUCUUUUGGGACAUUUGGUUUUAAUUCUCAGUAGGAUGGUCGCGUGCUUGGUGCUGUCAUAGUUGCUGUGUGUCCAAACCCCCCUUGCAAGCCUGUACAGGUGUGUGUAGCCCUGCAGCUAAUGCUAAAGCCUAUUCCAGCAUCCUGUUCCCCUGCUGUAAAUAAAACCAGAACACACUAUUUUAGAGAGCUGUUUAAUAUAUAUAUAUAUACAGUAUAUAUAUAUAUGAUAUAUGUAUAGCAAAAGUAUUUGUCUCUCUCCCCAGAGUGAUUUUUAAUUGACUCAGCCUGUGUAGCGGCUCAGACAGUGAUGAGCAUGAUGAAAGGAGGAGGGAGACUGAUGGAACGAGCACAGGGGGAGAGGGAGAGAGAGAGAAUGAGAGAUGGCCAUGGCUGUUGGAGUCGCACUCUUUUGCGCUUGGACACUUUGUGCGGCAUGUCUGUGUGCUUCUCCUUUCAUUAGCACUGCAGAAGUGCCUAACACCACACACACCUGAGGAGCCAAGCGUGUCAAAGCUUUUGGCCAGUUCACCCCUCCGCACCCCCGCAGAAAAGUACUUUUCCUCUGCACUCCAUUCCGACAGCUUUGAAGGCCUUGACUUCCCAGUCAGACAACCUUUUUUGUGAUCUUAAUCUGUCUUCCCCACUGCAUUGCAGUAAUGGCCUCGAAAAAAUGUGUUUUUGGCAGCUUGGGUUCAAAAAAAAAAAAAUAAGAAAAGGAAGAGAUUGAGUGAGAGAUGAAGAAGAAAAUGAGCAAAAGUGAGAAAAAAAGCUUAGGAUGUCGGUGUCUGGUCACAAAUUGCUUCCUCCUCCAUAAGUUUAACAGAGCCUUGUGAUCUGAAGCCAUGGUACAUGGGAUUUAUGACCUGUCUUAAGUGAAGGCCCACGGCUGACAUCUAAAGGUUAUCCCCGUGGACGAUUCCUAGGCAUGCCCCCCCCCGUUCCCUCUGCUGUAUGUCCACUUCCCAGACUGACCAAACUUUCUUCAAUUGUGUGCAAAAAGACAGGAGGGUGGAGGGAGGGUAGACUACCGUUACAUUCACAUUCCCCCACCAUAUCACUUAUAGUUACAGUGGCAGUCAUAUUUAUUGCAGUGCAAUGGGUCGUCUCCUGUGUGCGUGCGUGUUUGUGUGUGUGUGUGUGUGUUUGUGUGUGUAUGCAUGCAUGUCGAAUGCGUUGAAUCCUACUCAGUCUGCCUUUAGCUCUCCCCUCGCCCAGCUAGUGUUUUUUAUGCAAUCAGCUCAGCUUCAGAUGAAUGGAAGCAGCAGCAGAGUCGGAGAUGGAGAAGAAGCGAGACUGAUCCCUGAUCUGCUAAACAUUCCCUUUUAACUCACGUCGCCUCCGCUCCCGUCUCCAUCAUCUCAGCAGCUCCGCACUAACCUGUACCCUUAGGGUCCACGGCGCUUGAUCUCCCAUCUAACACACGGCUUCAGUAGGGAAGAAGUGGAGCUCACUGUGUCAGUGUGCCUCUCUUUCUGUCUGUCUCUGUCUCGUCUGCAUCCUUUUGUCGUCUACUGCGUCGCUGUACCACAUGAACUGUGAGCCCCAGCGUUUAACCCUUCGCUCGCCCAUAUCUGGAACUUCUCACAAGUGUACACACACAGAAACUGACUUCAUUGUCGCGUGGUUCUUUCGUGAGGCGUAGUGUAGUCUGUGUUGCCUGUUCGAUCCUCCCUCAUAACUGUUGACAGUGUUCCGUGCCGUAGCUUUGAAGCCGUGUGUGUUUGCGUUCGAGUGUUUGUGUGUGGGUUGACUGCGUGGCUUGUCUGUGCUACCAUACACUGAAUAUAUUGAACAUGUACUGUAUUGUAUAGAUUGUGUUUAAAAGAGGAAAAAAGAUAUAUUGUGGACUAAUUAAUGUUCAAUAAAAAUGAGAUGUGGGAA